CCCAGUCUCACUGAAUAUCCAUGGCUUGGAAAGGAAAACUCUCAGCACACAGCCCUGCUAAGAAGAACACACAGAGAUACAAGGAAAACUCAAGAGAAGAAAACCUUGGAAGGAACAUGGCCAUGGACCUGAUCCCAAGCUUUUCCGAGGGAACCUGGGUUCUUCUGGCUACCAGCCUGGUGCUCCUCUAUCUAUAUGGGACUUACACACAUGGACUUUUUAAAAAGCUGGGAAUUCCUGGGCCAAAACCCUUACCUUUUUUAGGAACUGCCCUGGCCUACCGUAAGGGUUUUGGGGCUUUUGACAUGGACUGUUUUAAAAAGUAUGGAAAGAUAUGGGGGUUCUAUGAUGGUCGGCAGCCUGUGUUGGCGAUCACGGAUCCAGAGUUGAUCAAAGCAGUCCUAGUAAAAGAAUGUUAUUCUAUCUUCACAAAUCGGCGGCCUUUUCCUGCUGUGGGAUUUAUGAAAAGUGCCAUCUCUGUAUCUGAGGAUGAAACUUGGAAGAGAAUUCGAACACUGCUGUCUCCAACCUUCACCAGUGGAAAGCUCAAGGAGAUGUUCCCCAUCAUUGGCCAGUAUGCAGAUGGGUUGGUGAACAACCUGAAGAAGGAAGCAGAGAAAGGCAAGCCCAUCACCUUGAAAGACAUCUUUGGGGCCUACAGCAUGGAUGUGAUUACUGGCACAUCAUUUGGAGUGAACAUCGAUUCCCUCAACAACCCACAAGAUCCCUUUGUGGAAAAUACCAAGAAGCUCUUAAAAUUUAAUUUCCUUGAUCCAUUCAUUCUCUGCAUAACACUCUUUCCAUUCCUUGGCCCAGUUUUUGAAGCAUUUAAUAUUUUUCUGUUUCCAAAAAGUGUAACUGAUUUUUUUAAAAAAUCUGUAAAAAGAAUGAAAGAAAGUCGCCUCCAAGAUAAACAAAAGCACCGAGUGGAUUUACUUCAGCUGAUGAUUAACUCUCAGAAUUCCAAAGAAACAGACUCCCAUAAAGCUCUGACUGAUCUGGAGCUUAUUGCCCAAUCUAUUAUCUUUAUUUUUGCCGGCUAUGAGACCACUAGCAGUUCUCUUUCUUUCCUGAUGUAUUUGCUGGCCACUCACCCCGAUGUGCAGCAGAAGCUGCAAGAGGAGAUUGAUGCAACAUUUCCCAAUAAGGCAACCCCCACCUAUGAUGCCCUGGCACAGAUGGAGUAUCUUGACAUGGUGGUGAAUGAAUCCCUCAGAUUGUACCCAAUUGCUGGUAGACUUGAGAGGAUGUGUAAGAGGGAUGUGGAAGUCAAUGGGGUGUUCAUUCCCAAAGGGACGGUAGUGUUGGUGCCAAGCUAUGCUCUUCACCUAGACCCAAAGUACUGGUCAGAGCCUGAGGAGUUCCGUCCUGAAAGGUUCAGUAAGGAGAACAAGAACAAAAUAAAUCCCUACAUAUACACACCCUUUGGAACUGGACCCCGAAACUGCAUUGGCAUGAGGUUUGCUCUCAUGAACAUAAAAAUUGCUCUCGUCAGAGUUCUGCAGAACUUCUCCUUCAAAACUUGCGAAGAAACACAGAUUCCCUUGGAACUAGAUUUUUCAGGAAUUAUUCAAGCAAAAAAACCCAUUGUUUUAAAGGCUGAGUUGAGAGAUGGAACUGUAAGUGGAGCCUGACUUUCCUAAGGACUUACACUUUGUUCUUCAAAGAAGUUGUAUCCCCCAACACCAGAGAUCUCAGUGUAAUUUGUGAAUAAAAAAACAGAAAUGAAGAUGGACUUACUCUACUGUACUGGAUGGAUGACUAGGGAGUCUGUACAUUCACUUAUCUUCUCAGUGUCUAUACAGAGUAUUACAUAUUGUGUAAUAUAAGAGAGGUGACUAAAUAAGUAGACCCAGCUUAUUGGGUUCUUAUAAUACUAUCUCCAUCUAUUCCCAGUUAU